CAGCAGCCAACGAUAACCACGACAGGGCCUCAGCCAUCCCUCUCUCUUCUCAUCUCCGUCACCCCAGCAGCUAUCCACAACAUCGCCGCCCAUCGCCAUUCUCAGUCCUCGUCCGAUAACACCUCCAGCGCAAUUCCACCUCGAGCGCUAGGCUGAAAGCUCGCCGCAUCAUCAUUCUCUCCCCAAAAUGGCAUCAACCACAGAGCCCAAGGUCGCUGAGCCCGAACAGUCCACCCCAAAUGAACAGCAGAAGCCCGAGCAGAAGCACCUGGCCCUAGGUGAAGACGACGAGUUCGAAGACUUCCCCGUCGACGACUGGCCCGCCGACCAAACCGAAGCCGCCCAGCGCAACGGCGAAACCAAGCACCUGUGGGAGGAGAGCUGGGACGACGACGACACAAGCGACGACUUUUCGAAUCAGCUCAAGGAAGAGCUUAAAAAGGUUGAGGCGGCCAAGCGGAGAUAGACUCGAGGAGGAGGGAAGAACACGGAACGACGGGGACAUCGAUCGGGCGAGCCAACAUCACGUCACCGGGGCUUGUGAGGAACGUUAAACUUAUAGAUUGGGUCUUCUAAUUCAAGGAACAAAGACAAAAAAGUGCUCCAUGUGACAUGAUUC